AUGUCUGAAGACCACCCAGCCAUCCACCCACCCUCCGAGUUCAAGGACAACCACCCCCACUUCGGAGGCCCCCACCUCGACUGUCUGCAGGACUACCACCAGCUGCACAAGGAGUCCAUUGAGGACCCCAAGGCCUUCUGGAAGAAGAUGGCCAACGAGCUCAUCUCCUGGUCAACCCCCUUUGAAACUGUGCGAUCUGGCGGCUUCGAGCACGGCGACGUGGCCUGGUUCCCCGAGGGCCAGCUCAACGCCUCCUACAACUGUGUGGAUCGACACGCCUUUGCCAACCCCGACAAGCCCGCCAUCAUUUUUGAGGCCGAUGAGCCGGGCCAGGGCCGAAUCGUCACCUACGGCGAACUGCUGCGACAGGUGUCUCAGGUCGCAGCCACCCUGCGAUCCUUCGGCGUCCAGAAGGGCGAUACUGUGGCCGUCUACCUGCCCAUGAUCCCCGAGGCCAUUGUCACUCUGCUGGCCAUCACCCGAAUUGGCGCUGUCCACUCGGUCAUCUUCGCCGGCUUCUCCUCCGGUUCUCUGCGAGACCGAAUCAACGACGCCAAGUCCAAGGUUGUCGUCACCACCGACGCCUCCAUGCGAGGAGGCAAGACCAUCGACACCAAGAAGAUUGUCGAUGAAGCCUUGCGAGACUGCCCCUCUGUUACCCACACCCUGGUCUUCCGACGAGCAGGUGUCGAGAACCUGGCCUGGACUGAGGGCCGGGACUUCUGGUGGCACGAGGAGGUCGUCAAGCACCGACCCUACCUUGCCCCCGUCCCCGUUGCCUCCGAGGACCCCAUCUUCCUGCUUUACACCUCUGGAUCCACCGGCACCCCCAAGGGUCUGGCCCACGCUACCGGUGGCUACCUGCUUGGUGCUGCCCUGACCGCCAAGUACGUGUUUGACAUCCACGGAGACGACAAGCUGUUCACCGCUGGAGACGUUGGCUGGAUCACCGGCCACACCUACGUGCUCUACGGUCCUCUGAUGCUCGGAGCCACCACUGUUGUGUUCGAGGGAACCCCUGCCUACCCCUCCUUCUCGCGAUACUGGGACAUUGUCGACGACCACAAGAUCACCCACUUCUACGUGGCUCCCACCGCCCUGCGUCUCCUGAAGCGGGCCGGCACCCAUCACAUUAAGCACGACCUGUCGUCUCUGCGAACCCUCGGCUCUGUGGGUGAGCCCAUUGCCCCCGACGUGUGGCAGUGGUACAACGACAACAUUGGCCGAGGCAAGGCCCACAUCUGUGACACCUACUGGCAGACCGAGACUGGCUCGCAUAUCAUUGCCCCCAUGGCCGGCGUGACCCCCACCAAGCCCGGUUCUGCUUCCCUGCCUGUCUUUGGAAUUGAUCCCGUUAUCAUUGAUCCCGUGUCUGGCGAGGAGCUCAAGGGUAACAACGUUGAGGGUGUUCUUGCCCUGCGAUCUCCCUGGCCCUCCAUGGCCCGAACCGUGUGGAACACCCACGAGCGAUACAUGGAGACCUACCUGCGGCCCUACCCCGGCUACUACUUCACCGGUGAUGGUGCUGCCCGAGACAAUGACGGCUUUUACUGGAUCCGAGGCCGAGUCGACGACGUUGUCAACGUUUCUGGCCACCGUCUUUCCACCGCCGAGAUUGAGGCUGCUCUCAUUGAGCACGCUCAGGUGUCUGAGUCUGCCGUUGUUGGUGUCCAUGACGAUCUGACUGGCCAGGCCGUCAACGCCUUUGUGGCUCUCAAGAACCCCGUCGAGGAUGUGGACGCUCUGCGAAAGGAGCUUGUUGUGCAGGUGCGAAAGACCAUUGGACCCUUUGCUGCUCCCAAGAAUGUCAUCAUCGUGGACGAUCUGCCCAAGACUCGGUCUGGCAAGAUCAUGCGACGAAUUCUGCGAAAGGUGCUUGCUGGCGAGGAGGACCAGCUCGGAGACAUUUCCACUCUUGCUAACCCCGACGUUGUCCAGACCAUCAUUGAGGUUGUUCACUCGUUGAAAAAGUAA